AUGUUCUUAGCCACUGUUACAAGACCCGAUAUAGCAUUUGCAGUGGGGAAAGUCAGUGCAUUCCUCAAUAAUCAUGAUGUAAAUCAUUGGAAUGCAGUAAAACGCAUUAUCCGCUACCUACUCAAUACAGUCGACAGAGGAGUCCUGUACGAAAGCGGCGGGAGCAAUGAAGAAAUUGAAGGCUACGUGGAUGCAGACUUCGCGGAAGACUUGGAGACAAGGAGGUCAACGACAGGCUACGUAUUUCUUCUGGGCAAUGGUGCUGUGACUUGGACAGCUCAACGACAAAAGAUGGUCACAAUUAGCACCACAGAGGCCGAAUAUGUAGCAGCAGCAGCAGCAGCUAAAGAGGCUAUAUGGCUUCGACGGUUGCUCAGUGGUCUAGAACGUAAUUGUAACCGCGCAACGAAAGUUUUUAUAGACAAUCAAAGUACAUUGAGACUAGUACAAAACUCAGAGUUUCACAAACGUACAAAGCAUAUAGAUGUACGUUGUCAUUUUAUUCGCGAAAAAGUGUUAAGCGGGAAAAUCGAUACUAAAUGUGUUAACACAACGAAACAAAAGGCUGAUCUGUUUACAAAAGCCUUACCGCGAGAUAGAUUCAAAGCUCUAUGUCAACUCAUAAAUCUUAUAGAACGUAAUAUGUGCUCAAACGGCGGGAGUGUUGCAUAG